UACAAGAUCAUAACACAAGAAAACAUUAGGCCACAUAGCUCAAACAUGAUGAAAGAUUUUCUGAACAAGUGUGGUGGGUAUGGAAUCAUAGAUGGUGGGUUUGCCACAGAGCUUGAACGCCAUGGAAUUGACCUCAAUGACCCACUUUGGAGUGCCAAAUGCCUCUUUACUUCCCCACAUCUUGUCCGAAGGGUUCACCUUGAUUACCUUGACUCAGGAGCAAACAUAAUAUUAACAUCAUCUUAUCAGGCCACAAUUCAAGGUUUUGAAGCUAAAGGGUUCUCUAAGGAAGAAGGUCAAGCUCUGCUUCGAAGAAGCGUAGAGCUUGCGCGCGAGGCACGUGAUAUAUAUUAUGAUAGGUGCACUAAAGAUUCAUUUGACUUCAUCAGAGAUGAAAGAUAUAGAAGCCGUCCCAUUUUGAUUGCAGCUUCUGUUGGAAGCUAUGGUGCCUAUUUAGCUGAUGGCUCUGAAUAUACAGGGGACUAUGGUGAUGCAAUCACUGUCCAUACACUCAAAGAUUUUCACAGGGAAAGGGUAAAAAUACUCGUUGACGCAGGAGCUGACUUAAUUGCCUUUGAAACAAUUCCAAACAAGCUUGAUGCACAGGCUUAUGCUGAACUUUUAGAGGAAGAAGGGAUAGAAAUUCCUGCAUGGUUUUCUUUUUCUUGCAAGGAUGAAAACAAUGUGGCUAGUGGUGAUUCUAUCUUAGAAUGUGCUUCCAUUGCUGAUUCAUGUCCACAAGUUGUCGCAGUUGGAGUUAACUGUACAGCUCCUAGAUUUAUUCAUGGUUUGAUUUCAUCUAUUAAAAAGGUAACAAGUAAACCAAUACUUGUAUAUCCCAACAGUGGAGAGACUUAUAAUGCUGAGAACAACACAUGGGUGAAAUCAAGUGGGGAAGCAGAGGAAGAUUUUGUCCCUUACAUAGGAAAGUGGCGUUAUGCUGGGGCUACCCUUUUUGGUGGCUGCUGUAGGACCACUCCCAAAACUAUUAGAGGCAUAACCGAGGCAUUAUAUGGAAAACCUCAUGGCAAAUGUAUAUAAACUGUUGAAGUAUGGUUUAUCUUAUGUGUGUAAUAAUUAAUGAUGGAACAAAUGAUCAUAACAAUAACUAGUCUUGUUUUGGCUAUUCCACUUUCAUACAAAUUGGAUAUAUGCCAAACAAUCUCUAAUUUCUAUAAUAUAAAUUACUUGCCCUACCUGUU